AUAUUUAAAGAGUUUAUUAUUAUAUCUAUGAAGCGUGGCAUUUAGUGGUUUUAUUAGCUUUAGUGGAAUUUUGAUGGCGCGAUUAACGAAGAAAAGAGUUGUCAAAAACAUCUGAUUGUACUUAUGAGCUCCCUUUUCGUAUUGUUUUUAAUAAACAACGCACGUGUGGAAACUUUAAAUGAUUAAAUAUUGUUUUCCAACAUAUGUAAGAAGUGAAUCUAAACUAUUAAAACUGCAUAUAAAUUAUUUUUACAAUGGGUAAACUGAACGUAACAGUGCUGCGCUAUCUAACAAAAGAAGAUUUUCGUGUGCUAACUGCGAUUGAAAUGGGCAUGAAAAACCACGAAUUAGUGCCAGGCAACUUAGCUGCAAUGAUUGCCAAUUUAAAAAGUGGAGGUGUCCAUAAAAUGCUAAGAGAACUGUGCAAACAUAAAUUGUUGUCAUACGAGCGUGGCAAGAAAUAUGAUGGCUAUCGUCUCACAAAUACUGGUUACGACUAUUUGGCACUUAAAUCCUUAACAUUACGUGGUUCGGUUGCAUCGUUUGGUAAUCAGAUUGGCGUGGGCAAGGAAUCAAAUAUCUACGUUGUGGCUGAUGAUGAAGGCACGCAAAUUUGUUUAAAAUUGCAUCGUUUGGGUCGUACAUGCUUUCGCAAUAUUAAAUCAAAACGUGAUUAUCAUGGUAGACGUCACAAGGCUUCGUGGUUGUAUUUGUCGCGCAUAUCGGCAACGCGUGAAUUUGCUUACAUGACUGCUUUGCAUGAUCGUGGUUUUCCGGUGCCGAAGCCAAUUGAUUUUAACCGUCAUUGUGUAUUAAUGGAGUUGGUGAAUGGUUGGCCAAUGACUCAAAUCCAUGAAUUAAUUGAUGUUGAACAAGUUUAUGAUGAUUUAAUGAAUUUAAUUGUGCGUCUGGGAAAUUCUGGAGUAAUACAUGGUGAUUUCAAUGAAUUCAAUCUGAUGCUUACCGAUGAAGGCAAACCAAUCUUAAUUGAUUUUCCACAAAUGAUGUCGACUUCACAUGAAAACGCACAAUUCUUCUUUGAGCGUGAUGUGAACUGUGUACGCGAAAUGUUUAGACGUAAAUUUGGUUAUGAAAGUGAGGAAUAUCCAAAAUUUAACGAUUUGAUACGUGAAGAUGAUUUGGAUGCUGAGGUACACUGCACUGGUUAUGGCUUCACGAAAGAAAUGGAAAAUGAUUUGCUGUUGGAAUAUGGCAUGAUAGAUGAAGAUGAAACAGAAGAUUCUAAAACUAACCAACAUCAUGAAACAGACACGCCUGUUACAACUACAGAAGCCGAUAUCAAUGUAUAUCGUCAGCAGUUGGAAAAUGAAGUUACAUUUAGUGAAACAAAACCACCCAAAAAAACCGAUGACUCUAUUAGACGCUACAUUGAGUCUUGUACACAAUAUUUGGGCAGUUUUGGUAUAGAACCUGAAAUUGAUCUAUCUGAAGAUCGUAAUAUAGUAGCAGAUUAUCAAGCAACAGAAACUGUAAAACAAGACAGUAUAAAUGAAUCUGCUAAUAUGAAUGAUGAUAUGAGAAAAGAGAAUAGAAACCAUGAAACAAAUAGAGCUGCUGUUAUCGACAGCAUAGAUACUGCCACAGAUGAUGUGCACUCAGAUGCAGCAUCGAUAAGCUCAAAUGAUUUAGACACAGAUGUACUUACUGAUUUAGAUCCUAACUCCCGUAUGUACCGUCUACAAAUGUUCAGAAAACUUUUGAAUGAUGCACGCAGUGAGCGUUCACAUUCAACGACUGCAAGCACAAUUGCACCAUCCGUAAUAACAGAUCGAAUUAAACGUAAUAUGGAUGUAAAGGAAAAACGUGAAAUACGAAAACGUGCUGUUGUGAAGGGUGAAGCGAAUGCUACACAGCGUCAUCGCAAAGAGAACAAGGAUGUUGUUAAGGAAUAUGCUGGCUGGGAUUUUUAGUUUAAAUGUUUAAAACAAUAGCAUUUAUGAAAUAGAUAAAAUUAUUAUUUUAUCUAAUAAAAGAACAUUAUGUUAUCUCAAAAAUAGAAAAAAAUAAUAUCCAAUAAUAACAAUUUGAUACUUGUAAUUUAUCACCAUCUGUGAAAAUUUGUUGUAAAUUAACAAUAAUUCCCAUUGUGGUAUAGUUGUUAAUAUAUAUAAAAAAAUGAAUAGUCGAGAUAGUU